GGUACUCUAAUAUAAUAUAGUUCACUAAUGUAGGAACAGAGAACAAGUGCGUGUGUUCCACGGAACCUGCACUAAUUACAUCGCACUAGUGCAGCUUUUAUAGAAACCUAGCGCAGCGCUGAUGUCCGACAACACUGCCGUAAACAGUCGUAAGGGAGAAGAAGAAGAAGCUGUCGCGAUGAAUGACGAGUGUAUAGUCAAAACUGUUCUUCAUGCUGGAUCAGAAAUUAUUAAUUUUGUACCAGGGACAAAGGUUAUAUUUCACUUCAGAACCGCCAAAUGUGACUUGGACAAAACGGUGAUAGACGACAGUAGGACGAUGGGGAGCCCAAUGGAGCUCAUACUAGGAAAGAAAUUCAAAUUGGAAGUGUGGGAAGUAAUUUUGCAGAAAAUGGCGUUGAACGAGGUCGCCUGUUUCAAAGUGCACAAAAGUCUAGUGACCACAUAUCCUUUUGUCUCCAAGACAUUAAGAGAGGCCGGCAAGCCGCAGUCGCAGAAGCGCAAUCACCACUGCUGCGGCGUCACCCUCCAGAAUGAGGGCAUUGGCUACGCCGAUCUGGACGAACUCAUCAAGUGUCCUCAAGAUCUGGAAUUUACAAUAGAGCUUAUCAAAGCGGUAUUGCCGAAUGAGUACGAAAAAGAGUCGUGGCAAAUGACAGAGGAUGAGAAACUUGAAAGCAUCCCGCAUCUGAAGGAGAAGGGAAAUGCUUUGUUCAAAGAAAAACAAUAUGAUAGCGCGUCUGAAAUAUACGCGAAGGCGAUUGGGAUGCUGGAACAGCUCAUGCUAGCCGAAAAACCCAACGACGAAGAAUGGGUAUCCUUAAAUCAAAUGAAGAUACCAUUGCUUUUGAACUAUGCGCAAUGUAAGCUGCUAAAUAAAGAAUACUAUUUGGUUAUUGAGCAUUGUACAACAGUUCUAAAAACAGAGCCAGAUAAUGUCAAGGCACUUUAUCGACGAGGUAAGGCGUACAUUGGAGCGUGGGACCAGAAAAAUGCCGCCAGAGAUUUAAGGAGGGCUGCUGAAAUCGAUCCUUCCCUGCACAACAGUGUCGAGAGGGAAUUGCAGGCAUUUGCAGCAGCCAUCAAAGAGAAGGACAGUGUGCAAAAAGAGAAAUUAUCGAAAAUGUUUAAAUGAGCUUGUUUCAAUUUUAUUAAUGUGACUUUAAUUCACGAGUAUCGAGUGAAUUCAAUUUAUAUCAGUUUUCUUUAUAAAAAGAAGCCAAUAAAAAGAUUUGUCUAACUUUAUAAACUUGGCUUCUAUUAUCCAAUGUCUGUAUGUGUAUCUGUACAUUCAAUAUAAUGUCUGAAAAAUCAAAUCUAUCGUAUGUAUGAAAGAGAAAAAUCUGUCGCGUAAACGUACAUUUCUAUAUAAUUUUGUACGUGCAAACAGUUUAAAAGAUAAGAAUUAUGUGCAUUAAUAUGAAUCAUUGUACAAAGAAUUCUAUUAUUAAUGAAUUGUAUGAAUAAACUAAUAUAUUUAUUAUUGUUACAAAUAAGGGACGAGAAAAUAAACAUAAUAUAUAUUA